CCAGAAUCCAACAAUGCUCGUCUCCUCCCUCGUUCUCGCUGCGUUGUCUCUGCUCCAUGGCGCACGCGGUGCCGCGAUUGGCGCUGAGCCUGAGCCCCAGCCCGAGAUCUUGACGAUAGACCUCGGAGAGAUGAUCGCGAACAUGAACAUGACCGCAUUCGAAGAGUCCAUCGCGCUUGAAUACGGUGAAUCGGACAACACCCUUGAGAAGCGCGCUGAAGUCGUCACCUGCUACAACCACGGCACCAAGAUCGACCGCAAGUACGCCAUUCUGGCCAUCAACGAUUCCGAGGCCUGUCGGGACUCGGUUUCUUUAUCACGGAAAAACGUUGCGCCAAGACGCGACGCUCGAAAGCCACGUGAUGUUUGCUGACGUCCUG